CAUAAGCACCCGAGCGACGCGUGUGUAAAAAGGCCUGGGCAGCGCGAGAUCUGGUCUCCUCCCGGUCCGGCCCUCGUUUCUCGCCAUGGCUUCUCAGGCCUGCAACGUCUCGGGCUCCGACGACUGCGGCCGCCGGAAGCCCCGCCUGGCAGCGUCGCUGCAGAUCAACCCCGCGCCCAGCUCCUGGCGGUCCUCAGGCACCCCGGGGGUGGAUGCCAGGGGACUCCUGUCCGGCCCCGAGGCGGAGGGGGACGCGCAGGGCCGCCGACGGCCCCAGGCCUCGGCUGCGGCAGUGGGGAUCGGUGGACCCCGGGCCGAGGCUGAGACCUGCGGGGAGCGCGAGGCCUCGCGGGCUGGGGACAACGCGGGGGGCGGGCUGAGGACAGCCCCGAGGGUGCCUGUGCCACCCACAGGGCCCGCAGGGGACCUCCUGAAGGUGAGCGGGCAGCUACAACUGCCGCCGUCCAGCCAGGCCGUGACCUUGCUGACGCAGUACGCGGAGGCGGUGGGCGCCGCCCUGACCUUCCGAGAGGACCCGGCUGCAGGUCCUGGCUCCCAGUUCUCUGUGUGUGCAGAGCUGGACGGGGUGGCAUGUCUUGUGGGUACAGCGAACACCACCACAGGGGCCAAACAGCAGGCAGCGCUCGAUGCCUUGGGCUAUGUCCCGAGCCAGCUGGAGAGCCCAGGUGACCCAGCUCCCAGGCAGGAGGUGCAGGAUCUCCAAGAGACCUCCGAGACCCCCUGCCAGCCUCCACUCACCCCCCUGAACGUAGAGAACAUCCUGCCCCAUGAGCUGCGCUGCGCGGCUGUGGUCAGCGCUGGCUUGCACCGUCUGCUAGGCGAGCACUCGCCCUACUGGGCCUGCACGGGGACAGUGGCUGCGGUCAUCCUGGAGCGCGAGCUCCCCAGUGCCAAGGGCUACACCAAGGAGAUCUAUGACCUGGUGGCGCUGGGCACAGGCAAUAGCACCUGUGCCGGUUGGCUGGAGUUCUCAGGCCGGCAGCUGCACGACUGUCACGGUCUGGUCAUUGCCCGCCGGGCCCUGAUGAGGUUCUUCUUCCGGCAGCUGCUGCUGGCCACGAAGGGGGGCCUCAAGGGCAAGGAGCGGUCUGUGCUGGCCCUGCAGCCUGGGCCCUGGCCCCUCUUUGCCCUCAAGCCCCGGAUCUUCCUGCACCUCUACGUCAGCAACACUCCCAAGGGAGCAGCCCACGACAUCUACCUCCCACUAUCCUCGGAAGAUGGCCUCCUGCUCAGCUCCUUCCGCCUGCAGGCCCACAUCUGUGGGCAGUUGAAGCCAGUGUCCUACGUGGCACACGCGCUGCGUGACACCCAUGUGGGCUGCCUGUCAGUCAGCGACAAGCUGGCACGCUGGGCCGUGCUCGGGCUGGGUGGCGCCCUGCUGGCCCACUUCCUGCCGCCUCUCUACGCCACCAGCCUCGUCCUGGACACCUGCCACGACCCUCGGUCUUUGCACAAGGCCAUUCACGACAGGCCCAACCUAGACAGCACCUCAGGGGGCCUGCCGCCUCCCUACGUCCGCACCACCCUGCACCUGUUUUCAGGCCCCCCUGUGGCCCCCUCCAACCCUGUCCCCAGCACCUCCCACGAACUGAGUCUUAACUGGAGCCUGGGGGACCCCGACGUGGAAGUUGUGGACGUGGCCACUGGUCGCGUGAAGGCUGAGGCCGCCCCUGGGCCUCCCUCCCGCCUCUGCAAGGCUGCCUUCCUGCGGGCCUUCCGCCAGGCCGCCGCUGCUCUGGACAAGCCCCAGCUCCUGGCCCUGAAGACCUACGAGGCUGCCAAGGUCGGACUCUACCAGGAGGCCCGCCAGCGGCUGUCCCUCCUCCUAGAUCAGCAGGGCCUGGGCUCUUGGCCCUCCAAGCCACUGGUGGGCAAAUUCAGGAGCUGAGCUGUGGGUUCAGGGGACCGAGAUCCUUGCAGGGCCGCACCCCUGGGGAGGGCCCUUUGGGAGCAGUUCGGAGUUUCCGGGGUAAACUGGAGGCUGCGGAUGGGCUGGGGGUGCUGCCCCUUCAGGGCCUGAAUAAAGAACCAGUUGAUGGUGUUUCUGAGUG